GGCCCCGACUGCCUGCGCCCCUUCACCCGCGAGUCCCUGGCGGCCAUCGAGCGGCGCGCCGUGGAGGAGGCGGCCCGGCUGCAGCACAACAGGCAGAUGGAAAUCGAGGAGCCCGAGCGGAAGCCGCGCAGCGACCUGGAGGCUGGCAAGAGCCUGCCCCUCAUCUACGGGGACCCCCUGCCCGAGGCCAUCGGCAUCCCCCUGGAGGACCUGGACCCCUACUACAGCGACAAGAAGACCUUCAUCGUCCUCAGCAAGGGCAAGGCCAUCUUCCGCUUCUCCGCCACGCCCGCGCUCUACCUGCUGAGUCCCUUCAGCAUCGUCAGGCGCGGUGCGAUCAAGGUGCUCAUUCACGCGCUGUUCAGCCUUUUCAUCAUGAUCACCAUCCUGACCAACUGCGUGUUCAUGACCAUGAGCAACCCGCCGCCCUGGUCCAAGAACGUGGAGUACCUGACGGAGUUUGUGGACUUGGGCAACGUCUCGGCGCUCAGGACCUUCCGAGUGCUGCGGGCCCUGAAGACCAUCACGGUCAUCCCAGGGCUUAAGACGAUCGUGGGGGCCCUGAUCCAGUCGGUGAAGAAGCUGUCGGACGUCAUGAUCCUCACCGUCUUCUGCCUGAGCGUCUUCGCCCUGGUGGGGCUGCAGCUCUUCAUGGGAAACCUGCGGCAGAAGUGUGUGCGCUGGCCCCCACCGCACAACGACACCAACGGCACGUGGGCUGGCCCCGACGCGUGGGCCGGCAACGACACGUGGGGCAGCCACGUCGCUUGGGCCAGCAACCACUCUUUUGACUGGGACGCCUACAUCAGUGACGAAGGGAACUUCUAUUUCCUGGACGGUGCCCUGGACGCCCUGCUCUGUGGGAACAGUAGCGACGCGGGACAGUGCCCCGAGGGCUACGUGUGCAUCAAGGCCGGGCGCAACCCCAACUACGGCUACACCAGCUACGACACCUUCAGCUGGGCCUUCCUGGCCCUCUUCCGCCUCAUGACCCAGGACUACUGGGAGAACCUCUUCCAGCUGACCCUGCGGGCGGCCGGCAAGACCUACAUGAUCUUCUUCGUGGUCAUCAUCUUCCUGGGCUCCUUCUACCUCAUCAACCUGAUCCUGGCCGUGGUGGCCAUGGCCUACGCGGAGCAGAACGAGGCCACCCUGGCCGAGGAUCAGGAGAAGGAGGAGGAGUUCCAGCAGAUGCUCGAGAAGUUCAAGAAGCACCAGGAGGAGCUGGAGAAGGCCAAGGCCGCCCAGGCCCUGGACGUCGGGGAGGCGGAUGGGGACGCCGCCCCUGGCAAGGACUGCAAUGGCAGCCUGGACGCGUCAGCUGGGGAGAAGGGAGCCCCGCGGCAGAGCUGCAGCGCCGACAGCGCCGUCUCUGACGCUCUGGAGG